AUGCCCAAGGAAAAAUCCUCCAAACACGUCAAAUGCGACGUGCUGUUCGAAAACAACUCGAGCGGUAUUUUUACGGCCGGUGAUCGUGUUACGGGGGUGGUCGAGUUGCAGCUCAACAAGAUCAAGAAAGUGCGAGGUGUCUCUCUGAUAAUCUCUGGUUUCUCGUCCGUGUAUUGGGAGGCAAAGGUUCCGGAUGGGCCAAAGAACAAAAAAGUGAAGGCGCAAUUUAAGGGUCGCGAGGAUUUCAUCAAGUCCAAGCAGUACCUGGCCGGGACGGAGAAUGGCACCGGGAUACAACUGCCGUCAAAUACGAUUCGGUACCGGUUUGAUUUCGCCAUUCCUCGGACAGCGCCCACCUCCAUGGAGGGAAAGUACGGACACGUCCGGUACCUACUACAGGUUUCGUUGGAGCGACCCUGGAAGUUUGAUCAUAACUUCCAGAAGCCCUUCACCGUGGUGUAUCCGGCGGAUCUGAACCAAAGCAACGACGUACUAUGCAUACCGACGAAGGCUGAAGGAAUGCUAUCGUUCUACUGCGGAUUUUGCCGUUCGAGACCAUUGAUAGUGACGGCGACGACACCAAAGUCCGGCUACUCGCCAGGUGAAACCAUCGAACUGGAGGUUUUCGUGCAAAACUCGAGUAAGGUAGUGGUCAGCGAAAUUGAGAUCAAGUUCCAGAAAAUGCUCAAGUUCACCAGCCAAACACGUGUCAUCGGAACGACACAAAUUCCGCAGGAGAUACAGAAUGUCCAGUACGAGGUGCUCGAGGUGCACAAGAUACCGUCUGUCGAGGGAGAGAACGAUGCGCGUUUCGUGGAGAACUUUGUCGUCGGUCCUAUUCCGUCCACAGAAACGACACUCAGCCGGAUCGUGCACGUGUGCUACGAGCUGCUGCUUAUCGUGAAGCCACAAGCUUCGACCAAGCGGAUAAAACUCAACAUACCCAUAACGAUCGGGAAGAUCCCGCUGGCGGGAUCUGCUACGCCGUAUUCAACUUCUGGUGGGUUACAGAAAUUGGCCGACACUUUGGAGGACCACAGCGCAUAUGCCCCACCGGCGUAUGAGGCGUAGAGGUGCAAUUGAUAGCAGCAUGAUGAUGACAACCUUGUGAUAGCGAUUAAAUACAAAGAAACGAGCAACCGAAUGAAGAACACACGUG